AGUGCCACCACACUGGUUGUCUCACGAGUGUAAGCUGGCCAAAUGUAAGCUGGGAGAUAAUAUAAGAUAUAUUACAAAGACAUCAUCUCCCUUACGGCUCAGUUAACAAUGGUCUGACGGCACAACGUGAGUGACAACGAGUGCAAGUGUUGAUAUCUUGUUCUGUGUGUACUUUUAUGCAGUUAUCCUAAAUUGUUCAGUCACUUAUGAUGAGACGAGUCAAGUGUGAAGUGUACUAACUGACUGGUUAGCAGGCCGUGAGAGCGAGCGUCCAGUUCGGUAACCAACUCCGUCCCUUUGUACUGAGAGAGGCUCGAACGCUUGUACAGAUAACACUGAUGCGCUCCUGAGCUUCAAGCAGCAGUUUAUCAUAAUGGCGUCCGGGCCGUCGGAGGCGAACCUGCGAGAGUUAUGUCGGACUCGGCUGGCUGGUCUGGAGGUCCAGAUGGCGUCCGGGCCGUCGGAGGCGAACCUGCGAGAGGAAUGUCGGACUCGGCUGGCUGGUCUGGAGGAGCACAGGUCCCUCUUCCACCCCGACCUCCACCUGGGCACGGUGGUGGCUCCUCCUCCAGGAGGUGAUGGAGAUGUUGGGUGUGCAGGGCGCCACAUAAGGCUGGCGGACAUGAUGACAACUAAGCGAGUGGACGGAGUAGCAGUGCGGGCCUGGGUGGUGAGUGGAGAGUCUGGACGCGGGAAGUCUACCAUUGCUUGCUCCCUCGCUGCUGCCUGGAGCCAGGCUCACCCCGCCGUCAUGGGCCUUGAACACUUCAAGGCAGUGUUGGUGCUGGACGGACUGGCUGUAGCGACUGGAGGCUGCUGGGAGGCUGCCAAGACCUUCCUGUCUGAGACGGUCGCUAGGUGGGGGCCUCUACAGGUGGCAGAGUGGCUGGAGACGGCGACGGUGCUAGUCAUCAUCGAUGACUUCCUGCUGAAGAAGGCGAGUGGGGCGCUGGAGGAGGCACUGCAAGAGUGGACAGAAGCAUCGUUCUUGUUGCUGACUACACCCGCUGAGGGACGGGCCACAGUGACACUGACGGCCAAUAAGGUGCCCAGCGUCCUCUUCAACCUGGAGGGUUUGGACAGAUGCGAUGUGUUGACACUUGCCGGCAGGUACCUGCCAGAGGAGCAGCUGGAAGGGUUUAGCAGCUGGCUGGCCACCAGCUGGAGCUUCACUGGGGAGGUGCUGUCUUAUCCUCGCUUGGUGGCCCCGGCCUGCCUUGCCUGGAGGCUAGGAGCCAUCACACACCUCACAGUCACUGUUACACAGUUCAUGUGGAGUCUGAUUGAGGCACAGUUCUCACAGCACAGUGAACUGAACGAGAGCCUGCUUGCUGGGUGGCUCCUAGCGCUGGGGGCGCUGGCUAGGAGGAGCCUGGAGUCUUUGAUGAUCAUAAAUAGAGAGGAACUACUGAAGGAAGCGAGAAAAUUGCUCCCUAGUAGCAUGGCGGAGACGGUGGCAUUGUCACUGCCUCUUCCACUAUCGGCGUCAGCUGGGUGCCUCUAUGCCGUCUCCCUGCCUCACCCUCUCAUCCAGUUCCUCGCUGGCUGGGAUGUCAUCCACCAGGUCCUGCGAGGAACACCCUUGAAGUCGUUGGUUAAAAGACUGCAGGAUGAAGACACAGUUGUCCUGUACGCCGCAGGACAUCUUUCCCGCCUUCUGUACUACAGUCCUGACUACCCAGACAAGCAGGUAGCCCGUGCAGCCAGGAACCUCGUGUUGCACAUGGAUCGUGCUAAGGAUCGUUUCGGCUACACCCUGAAGGCCAUUCAUGAGUGUCGGAUCGAGUCUAGAGUCCUUCGCGUCUUGCUAGAUGAGGUCGAAUUCCCCAAGAGGUGGGAGGUGUGCGACGGUGCAGUGCUGGUGGAGCCUCUCACUGCUCUCCUGCGACAUGCAACACCGGAGAAAAUACACCUCACAGUGGGGAGGAACUGCAUGGGACCUGAUCUAGAGGGAGUGGUGGCUCACCUGGCUAAGACUACCAUCCCCAUCUUUCUAGCAGAAAUGAAUCACCUGGAGUGGGACAACCCGGACACUAGCGAUAGUCUUGUGGCAGUGAUACAGAGAGGCAGGCAACACCUGCAAGACUUCAUAGGCUGCUUGAACACUCCCACAAUCAACAGCUUGUGUCGGUCGGAGACUACGAGAUACCUGGUUUGUUUGAGGGUGAGAGUGACGGACAACAAGUCAGUUGAGGCUAUUCUGAAGUGUCCUAGAGAUCUACCUUCGUUGAUGUGGCUCGAAGUGGACUUCGAUGUGCCUCUGCGUGAUCUGGACAAGAGCCACUUGCCCCAGGUCAACACCCCGCUCAUGGACGUGUGCUUUAAAGAUAUCUGCGACAACGAUGUGGCUCUUCUGUGCGAUUUGUUGGCUCACAUCCGUUCAAGAUACUCUGGUGUGCACAUGACUCGCUCAGCCCUCACACCACAGGGGGUAACGGAGGUGUUGAAGUACUUCUAUAAGAGGGGCAUGAUGAUGACGGUUGAUUCAGCCGUCAUCAAUAGAUAUCGUAGGUGGAGAUUCCCAGUGCUGGAGACGAUACCCAUGACAGAGGAGCUGACGGAUGAUAAAGUGAGACACUUACUGGGAUACGAUGACCGCUACCAUUACAGCGAAAACGAGGUGUGGUCUAGCGUGCUCACCACCAGCGUUGAUGCCAGAGCUCUCGCUAACUUCUUCAUCGCUAUGGAGGACCUCCUCUUUUUCCGCUACGUCUGUGCUAACUUCAGCGUCAUCAAGAACACAGAUGGCACCACAGAAGUGAAAGAGCUGGUUAGGUACUUGUAGGAGGGUGUUCAGAGUGCUAGAGAGGUCGAGAAGAGAGAGAGAAUUAUCAGGGGAAGGCGCCAAGUCAUUACCACUAUAUAGCACUAUGGAAGGGGUCAGUAUAAGAAUUUUUGAUGGGGAGGGCGAAAGGAAUGGAGGCGAACUUCUUGGACGCUGAUGUUGUGUCGUGAAUAGUGGUGAAGGCAUUGUAUAGUGGAAGUGGUUACAGUGAUAAUGGGUCUUGUGUAGUGGAAGUGGUGACAGUGAUAAUGGGUCUUGUGUAGUGGAAGUGGUUACAGUGGUAAUGGGUCUUGUGUAGUGGAAGUGGUGACAGUGAUAAUGGGUCUUGUGUAGUGGAAGUGGUGACAGUGAUAAUGGGUCUUGUGUAGUGGAAGUGGUGACAGUGGUAAUGGGUCUUGUGUAGUGGAAGUGGUUACAGUGGUAAUGGGUCUUGUGUAGUGGAAGUGGUGACAGUGAUAAUGGGUCUUGUGUAGUGGAAGUGGUGACAGUGAUAAUGGGUCUUGUGUAGUGGAAGUGGUGACAGUGAUAAUGGGUCUUGUGUAGUGGAAGUGGUGACAGUGGUAAUGGGUCUUGUGUAGUGGAAGUGGUGACAGUGAUAAUGGUUCUUGUGUAGUGGAAGUGGUUACAGUGAUAAUGGGUCUUGUGUAGUGGAAGUGGUUACAGUGGUAAUGGGUCUUGUGUAGUGGAAGUGGUGACAGUGGUAAUGGGUCUUGUGUAGUGGAAGUGGUGACAGUGAUAAUGGGUCUUGUGUAGUGGAAGUGGUUACAGUGGUAAUGGGUCUAUGUAAUGGUACAGAUAUGAAGUAGUAAUUAUCAAAAGAAAGAGGCAAGCCGGGAAGACUAUAUAGCAUAUAUAUAUAGGGUAUAGUGACGAUGAUUACAGUGAUGAAGAUGGUGUGAAAUACAAAUGGUUUCAAUGCAGAUGUGGCCUCCAGCACCCGAGUAACACCGGGUACUCGUUCCAGUAUCACUAUAAAUAUAUAUAUAUAUAUCUUUAGCAAUUUGCCGGGUAUCAUCAAAGUAGUACAUUUCUGACCUUCACUCUGCAUUUUACCAAGCAAAUGUGGAGGUAAUUUUAUAAGAGUGAGGCACUUAAGGUGAGGUACAAGGUUUAUAAGAGUGAGGCACUUAAGGUGAGCUACAAGGUUUAUAAGAGUGAGGCACUUAAGGUGAGCUACAAGGUUUAUAAGAGUGAGGCACUUAAGGUGAGCUACAAGGUUUAUAAGAGUGAGGCACUUAAGGUGAACUACAAGGUUUAUAAGAGUGAGGCACUUGAGGUGAGCUACAAGGAAGGAGACCUCAAGUGUGUUACCAGGGAUAUAUAUAUAUAUCAGGAGAACGGAUGCAGAAGUUCGAAGGCCCUCAAGGGGAGAAAGACGAGUUUUAUUUCCCAUUUUAUUCAGUCAGAUAUUCCAAAGGUGUGACUGUGGAGGCCUGGUCGACGACCGGGCCGCGGGGACACUAAGCCCCGGAAGCACCUCAAGGUAACCUCAAGGUAAGGUGGGGUAAUUUUCCCAGCAGGAAUUUAUUUGUUUUUAAUUUAUUUAAAUAUUGAUUUAUGGAAUUUACUUCAAUUUAUUAUUAUUAAUUCAAAGUGGACUGUAUAUUUAAGUUAUCGUGCUAGGUGUUGUACACAAGUUUGGUGCGUUAUAUACACGAAUAGGGGGUUAUAAAUAAGUUAUAUUGUUAUUGUUAAUACUAAAGUUAAAAUGGGUUAAUUAAAAGUUAUAUUGGCCUAAGCUGUUAAGUUAUUAGUGUGAGAGCCGGCUCACCAACAUGAGAUUUGCCACACGUGGUCCGUCUUCAAGCUGUAUUAAUGGCGACUGUUGGUCAUUGUCAGUUAGUAAGCUUCUGUACAGGUUCAUGAAGCAAGUAAGCUUCUGUACAGGUUCAUGAAGCAAGUAAGCUUCUGUACAGGUUCAUGAAGCAAGUAAGCUUCUGUACAGGUUCAUGAAGCAAGUAAGCUUCUGUACAGGUUCAUGAAGCAAGUAAGCUUCUGUACAGGUUCAUGAAGCAAGUAAGCUUCUGUACAGGUUCACGAAGCAAGUAAGCUUCUGUACAGGUUCAUGAAGCAAGUAAGCUUCUGUACAGGUUCGUGAAGGUGUUAACAGCUCUCUGGGAGUUCUUCACUUCAUCAAAGGUUACCUCCUCAAUAUUUAUACCAUAACAAUUGUACAAAAUUUAUUAUUCAAUACAUAUGACUUUUAAUAAUGUGGAUUGUGUUAUUAGUAAAACCUGGCUCACCCUUGUUUGUUGUUGUUAUGCAAUUCUGAUUGAAUUUACCUACUUAAAAUUAUCUGCUAGAUUAAGGACCUGCCCGAAACGCUGCGCGUGCUAGUGGCUUUACAAGAGUGUAAAUACUGUACUAUCCAAUGUAUUCUCACAAACCCA